AUGCGGCCAACGCACUUCAACGACGCAGCCCGACGGCCCCGUAACCCGCUCCGGAUGAGAACCCCGGACGAACUUGAAGAUGAUGUUCGCAGAUUUCAUAAUCGAGUCGGCCUUGAACAUGUCGUCAACCUUGAGGUGCUUAUCAAGGGUGCACGUAUAGCACAAGACCGCGAUAGUCGAGAAAUACUCGGAUUAACAGGUGCCGAAAAGAAGGCAAUUGAUGAUGAAGAAGAAUCGGGAUUUUUCCAGCAAAGCAAAGAGCUUAAGGUGACCAUUCUAACCACAGCAUGCGCGGCAAUUACCCAAGGUUGGCAGCAGUCUACUAUCAAUGCCAGUUCGCUCGGUUGGCAAGACGAUUUUACCCCCAAAGACGAUCCAGGCUACUGGGAAAGAAACGUACUUUUAGCCGGGCUUAUUGAUGCUGCGCCAUGGUUAUCGGGCAGCAUGAUCGGAACAUGGUUAAGUGACCCUCUUCAAGAGGGAAAGUAUGGAAGGCGGCCCGCACUUUUCAUCUCUGCCGUCUUUUGUGCUGCUUGUGUCCUUGGUACCGCUCGCUGUAAUACGUGGCAGCAGCUUCUCGCUUGCCGGUUUCUUCUAGGUAUAGGGAUCGGCGCAAAAGCUUCCAUCGCCCCAGUCUUUGCUGCAGAGGCUGCGGUUGACCAUCUUCGGGGGCGACUGUUAAUGAUGUGGCAGUUGUUUGAUACUUUAGGAGUAUUUCUUGGCUUCGCCUGCGACUGGAUUGUUGAUCGUCACUGGAGGGUGCUUUUGGGAACAGCAUCUAUUCCCGCCUUGGUCCUACUCUUCCUUGUGUUCCUUUGUCCUGAGUCUCCUCGGUUCCUCAUUCGUAAAGGAGACUAUGCAAGGGCCUUCGUGAGUCUUCGACAGCUACGAGGUACUGAUAUUCAAGCAGCAAGAGAUCUCUACUAUAUCCACAGCCAACUGCAAGUCGAAACGGAAAUUUUCGACGGAAUGCCUCCAGCAAAUUGGUUCAAAUACGAAAUCUAUCAAGAAAGAAUCCACGAAGCCAACUUUAUGAAAAGAGUUUGGUUUUUGUUCAAGCACCGACGCAACCGAACGGCAUGUUUGGCAGCAUUCCUGGUGAUGGCAUCGCAACAACUUUGGUUUGGCCUGGCAAACUUCCUCUUCACCAUUCCAGCAUACCGCUACAUCGAUUGGCGCGGACGUCGGCUUCUACUCCUCAUCUCCCUAACAGGAAUGUUCUUCAGUUUACUUGCCAUUUCUUUUUUCUUUCGGAUCGACGAUAAGCAUGUUAGACAGGGGCUUGUGUCAACAUUCGCCAUUGGGUUCUUCACGUUCUUCUACGGUAUUGGUGCGGGACCGGUCCCAUUCACCUUCAGUGCUGAGGUUUUCCCGCUGGCAUUCCGCGAAGUCGGCAUGAGCUUCAGUGUCAUGGUAAACUUCCUGGGCCUUGGGCUUCUGGUCCUCUUUGUGCCGAAACUGGCCAGUGCUUUGGGGGAGGAAUAUGGCUACUCCAAUCUCUGCUUCUUGUUCACGUGGGCCUUGUCAUUUUCUCUCAUUGUUUCACUCAAAUACGAGGCUAACCAUCACAUAGAGGGCUGA